AUGAAGACCUUCUUCACUGCGCUCAUCCUCUCCGCCCUCGCCCUGUCGGUGCAGGCUAUCCCCACCGACAACGCCGAAGAUGCUCUUCGCUGCUGCGGGGCCACCACUCCCUUCUAUCGCGCGUACAGCCCUUCGGCGACCGACCACUUCUAUACGACCUCGGUCUCCGAGUACAACACAGCGACGUCCAGCCUGGGCUACCAAAAGGAGGGCAUCGCCGCACGGGUCUACCCGGCGACCGGGACGCACGGCGUGGGCGCCGUACCCUUCUACCGUCUCUACAGCGCCUCGGGCACGGACCAUUUCUAUACGACCAGCGCGUCGGAGCGGGACAACGCGGUGCAGAUCGGGUACACGUACGAGGGCGUGAGCUCGUACAUUUACCCGAGCGCGUUGUGCAAGUCGGUGCCGUUCUAUCGACUCUACAACCCGACUAUCGUCGACCACUUCUACACGACGAGCCUGUCCGAGCGCAACAACGCUAUCAACAACUUGGGUUACAACAAUGAGGGCGUCGCCGGGUACGUGAACUCGAAGCGCUCUGCGCUUUGCUAG